AUGUCAGUCAUCGUAUCCAUAAUAUCAUACAAUAUUGGUUGUGUACCACACGUACAUCAUCACCACGUGAGUUAUAUUGCAGACACAUGCAAAGAUCUGGAUCGACAUUGUUCUGCUUUAGUUGCGCAAGAUGGAGACAAAUGCUUGAGAUCAUCAUUUGUAGUGAAAAAUUGCUUGAGGACAUGCGUUGUGUGCGGCGAUAAAUGUUUGAAACUGCAUGCUGAUAAGAACUUGCUUCUAGGAUUUGAUAUACGAUAUGUGCCACAAGCGUUGAAACCCCUGGCUUGGCUGAUUGGAAUUUGGAGAGCUGAAACUGGUGGUAAGGCGAUAUUUCCGACUAUACCUGUGUUCACGUACGGAGAACAAAUUGAAUUUGCUUUACCUAAUGAUGGCUUAAAAGCACUUAAAGCACUCAAUUACAGUGCUUUCGCUUGGGACAUGAAUAAUCGCGAUGAAUUACAUAGUGAAUAUGGUUUCAUGACGAUGAAGGCGAGUACCAGAGAAAUUGCAUUAUCUACUGUUAUGAACAACGGCAUGUUUUCACUCAAACGAAGUUUCGUAACGAUUGAACAAGGACCAAUGUUUGGGACAACGAUGAAACUCAGCCUACAAGACAUUGGACGAAUAAGCUUUAGUCGGGACCUACCAGUGCAUGGAACAAUUCGAGAAUUUCGAUUGCUGGACAGCGAUACAUUAGAGCAGAGAUUCAUGAUGGAGACGUUGACACACCGAAUGCAAUUACAUACAUUUAUUAAAUACAAAAAAAUUUACCCAAAGUAA